AACCUAGCCACCCCACAAAGCCCCCCUCGCAUGUGUUGUAAUUACAACUCGCCAAAGAAAACCAACAGAAACCCCGAAUAUUAAUGACAUAUCGGUGGCUUUAUCGGUGAAUGCUAUUGCGUUAUGUUAUCGGUGGCAUUUGGUAUUCAAGUUUGAAGAAACAUCGGCUGAUGAGUGUUAUGCGUGUUUUGUUUUCGUUAUUUUGUUGUUGUUUCGGUUUCUUCGGCAAGGUGGCUGUGUUAUGCAAUGCCGCAGUUUGACGAAUCUUUCCUGAGCGACUGUGCGCUGGCCGAGCGCUGGGGCUUCUACUCCUAUACCCUCAAGCCCCCCCCACCGCCGCUGCCGCCGCCGAGUUCCAAGCACGACCAUCAUGAGGAGGAGCAUCAUCACCACCAUCGGCAGGUGAAGAAAAAACAGCGCCAAUCAUGGUCGCCCCGAGACGGCAACAACAACACCAGCAGCCACACUCCAAGCACCACCGGCAACACGUUGCACAGCAUCAAGUUCCACAGACGUCGAAAAUACAAAAAGCUGCCACGAUUGGCGUCGCUAUCAGCGCCACUGAUACCCCAAGAGAUGGACGUGGAUGCCACUGACAUCACCGCCAUGGAGACGCCGCUCCCCAGCCCACCUGUGCCGCUCAAGAAUGCGGUGUGCCACGGCAGCAUCAGUUCUCCAUCCACGCCCGGCACCUGCUCCAGCGGAGGCAUCGGCGGCAGCGGCGGCGGCUGCAGCAGCAGCAGCAACAACAGCCUCAACAGCGGCAACAGCUACUCGGCCGCCGCGUCCACGACCUCCAGCACACCCCCGCCACCCACGCACCACAACACACCCGGAACCCCAGCCGGCGGAGGCGGCGGAGGAGGAGGCAGUAGAGGGGCCGGAGGAGUACCACCAGCACCGCCCAGUGCCGGGUCGUCGGGGCACAAGAACAGCCUCAAGGGCACGAAGCUGGCGAGGAGGGCGCGCUCCUUCAAGGACGACCUGAUCGAGAAGAUCUCCCUGAUGCGGACCACCAACAACACCCUGGGCCGCUCCCACUCGCCCCACAGUCCCCGCUCGAAGCACGGCUGCAAGCCCCCGCCCAGCAACGAGGAGGUGCAGCGCUCCACCCAGACCCUCGAGACGCACGUCAAGGACAUCUCCAACGCCCUUAAGCACUUCCGCGAUGUCAUCCUCAAGAAGAAGCUGGAGGUGCUGCCCGGCAACGGCACGGUUAUCCUGGAGACCAUUGCCAGCAUGUACUCGGUGAUCCAAACCUACACCCUGAACGAGAACAGUGCCACCAUGAGCUCGGCCACCCAGCAGGUCUACCAGAGCCUGGGCAAGCUCAUCAAGCUCUGCGACGAGGUGAUGCUCUCCGAGGAGAGCGGCGAGUGCGCCUCCCUCAGCAACGAGAACGUCCGCGAGGUGAUCGAUCUUCUCGAGGACGCCGUGCGGAAUCUAGUGACCUUGGCGCAGGGCAAGCUGAAGGAGCAGGACCAGUGCACCUUCCGGUACAGUGGCUCGGGCCUGGGCGGCAUUGGAGCGGCGGCCGAGAUCAUGGGCGCCGUGACCGCCUCCCCGGGCAUAGCAGUGGGCAGUGGCGGACCCGGCACGGGCAUCGGCAUCGGAUCGGUGGCCAGCAUGCGGGUCUCGGCCGCGGAGUCGGCUGCGGCGGCGCAACGUACCUCCCUGCCGGACAUCGCGCUGACGCCCAAGGAGCGCGACAUCCUGGAGCAGCACAACGUGAACCCGAUGCGCGGCUCCCACAGCACCGAGAGCAUCCUGCGCGACACCAGCCCCCCGCCCAAGCCGCCGCUGCCGAACCGGGCCAGCAACCCGCCGCCCCUGCCGCCGAAGCGUCGCAGCCAGCAGGGCGGAGCGGCGGUCGGCGGCCCUGGCCCGGGAGUGGGGGUGGGCUCCUCCUCGUCCACGACGUCCACCUCCAAUCAGGCCAGCCCGCUGCCCUACGCCCAGUCGCACAACAUCAGCCUCAACUCGGACCUGGACUGCAGCUCCAACAUCUCGCUGCUGAACUACGGCGUGGAUCACCUCUCGGUCCGGUCGCGGUCGCCGGACGAGAACAGCCAGUGCUCCUUCGACUCGGCGCUGAACCACUCGCGCGAGGAGGAGGACCAGCUGCGCCAAAUGCCAAAGAUGCCGCCGGCCCUCGACCUGGACGUGGACGUGGACGGACAUGGCGGCGACAAGAUACUGAGCUACAAAGGCGAACUGGCCAGCCUACCGGUCGCGGUGGUGGCCGCUGCUGGAGGACAAGCACCCGGACAUGGACUCGGGACGACAGAGGCUGCAUCUGGUGGCGCUACGGUGACGGCUGGUGGCGGGGAAAGUAACACGGAGCUGCGCAAGGCGGCCGCGGCACUCACCAUCAACCGCCAUUCGAACGAAUCGGGUUUCGUGUCCAUGAAGUCGUUCCGCACCUCCACCCAGAGCGUGUCCAAGCGCUCCUCGGACUACAGCGUGCAGUCCUCCACCAAGUCCUCGAGCAGCAACUCGGAGAUCGCCUUCAGCAUCAGCGAGUCGGGGGCGACCAGCAGCUCCGCCGCACUUCCAGCACUGCUGGGGGACUUCCAGCAGCGCUGCACCACCACCACCAGCUCCACGAGCACCAGCACCAGCACCGGCUACAGCAGCAGCGAAGUGGAGCAGACGCUGUCCUCCUCGCUGGGCAUAUUGCGGGGAUCCCCGCCAGAAGCGGCGCCGGCCCUGCCGCCCAAGACCGGGCCGCGGCUAACGCGACACGAGUCGGCCGGGGACGAGGCGGACGAGGGGGGCUGGGCGAGCCACCGGAGCAGCCAGUCGGAGCUGGCGGAGCUGCGGCACAUGCAGCACCUCAACCACCAGGCCCAGCUGCAGCAGUGGCACUCGAAGCACCACAGCCUCAUCGGCAGCAGCUGCUACGCGUUCGACAAGCGCAACCUCGAGGAGCCGCCCCCGCUGCCCAUGAAGAAGAAGCACAUUCUGGCCUACAUGGAGAUCUGCUCGGCAUCCACGCGCUCCAUCGAGCAGCACCGCCACACAGUCCACGCCUACAACAUCAGUCGGAACAUCACCCACAGCCAGACCAUGAACAUCAUGCCGAUGAGCAAGGAACUGUCGCCGGAACUGGAGACACCGCCCGCCCUGCCGCCGAAGAACUACAAGCAGCGCAAGACCACCUCGCUGCAGCCCUUCGUGGUAACCACCACCCCGCCGCCCAGUCCCAAGCCCCUGCUGGCCGAGAACGGCUCCACCGGCUCGGGCGGCGGGAGGCCGGAUAGCCGCAUGGCCACCGUCUGCGAGGAACUGGCCCCCGAGGAGGCGCCCGGCGCUCAUCCCAGUCCGGUGCUGGACAGCAACGAGAACGUCAGCAGCGCCGGCGGCUCCACCUUCUACUCCCACCAGCUGCCCAGCGAGGACGCUGCCGCGACAGCGUGUGGCGGCGAAGUGGACAACGCUGGCCAGCCGAUCAACUCGCUCCAGCUGCUGGACGAGGACCUGCCACAGCGCGCGGCAGUCCCCGAUCCGGAGGCCCAGAAGGCCCAGGGCCCAGUGGAAGAAGAAGAGGAGGAGGAUGACGAGGAGGAGCCCGAGGAGAUGCUCAUCAACAUGCUGGAGGAGGUCGACAUCACACGCUACCUGAUACUCAAGAGGAAGGAGGAGGACGGGCCGGAGGUGAAGGGCGGCUACAUCGACGCCCUCAUCGUCCACGCCAGCCGCGUCCAGAAGGUCGCCGACAAUGCGUUCAGCGAGGCCUUCAUCACCACCUUCCGCACCUUCAUCCAGCCGAUCGACGUGAUCGAGAAGCUGACCCAUCGCUACACAUACUUCUUCUGCCAAGUCCAGGACAACAAGCAGAAGGCCGCCAAGGAGACCUUCUCGCUGCUGGUGCGCGUCGUCAACGACCUAACGUCGACGGACCUCACCAGCCAGCUGCUCAGCCUGCUGGUGGAGUUUGUCUAUCAGCUGGUCUGCUCCGGGCAGCUGUACCUGGCCAAGCUGCUGCGCAACAAGUUCGUGGAGAAGGUCACCCUCUACAAGGAGCCCAAGGUGUACGGGUUCAUGGGCGAGCUGACUACGGUGGCGGGGGGUGUGGGCGGCGUCGGCGGGGCGGGCGGGACUGGAGGCGUGUCCGGUAACGGGGCCGGCCAGCCCAGUCUCCUGGACCUGAAGUCGCUGGAAAUAGCCGAGCAGAUGACCCUGCUGGACGCCGAGCUGUUCCAGAAGAUCGAGAUACCCGAAGUAUUACUAUUUGCCAAAGAUCAGUGCGAGGAGAAGUCGCCGAACCUGAACAAGUUCACCGAGCACUUCAACAAGAUGUCCUUCUGGGCGCGCUCCAAGAUCCUGCGCCUGCAGGACGCCAAGGAGCGCGAGAAGCACGUGAACAAGUUCAUCAAGAUCAUGAAGCAUCUGCGCAAGAUGAACAACUACAAUUCGUAUCUGGCCCUGCUCUCGGCCCUGGACUCGGGACCCAUAAGAAGAUUGGAGUGGCAGAAAGGCAUUACGGAGGAGGUGCGCUCCUUCUGCACCCUCAUCGACUCCAGCUCCAGCUUCCGGGCCUACCGCCAGGCCCUGGCGGAGACUAACCCUCCCUGUAUACCCUAUAUUGGCCUGGUCCUGCAGGAUCUGACGUUUGUGCAUGUGGGCAACCAGGACUACCUGUCCAAGGGCGUCAUCAACUUUUCCAAGCGCUGGCAGCAGUACAAUAUUAUUGUAAACAUGAAACGUUUUAAGAAAUGUGCCUAUCCAUUUCGACGCAACGAGCGCAUCAUACGCUUCUUCGACAACUUCAAGGACUUCAUGGGCGAGGAGGAGAUGUGGCAGGUGUCCGAGAAGAUCAAGCCACGCGGCCGCCGCCCGGUCAACUAUUAGUCUUCAGCAGCAGAACACCAACCCUAUACAUAUAUACCUAUAUCUGCGUACGUGAUGGGAACUACACGGAGAGAAACGGAGGUGGCACCAUCGUCAAAAAGAUACAAACUAUUCUAUUGGGUCUGAGCUACUCUCUGUCUAUAUAUAUAUAUUUAUAAAUAUAUUUAUAUACACACAUUAUGAAUAAUAUAUAGCUAUAGUUACCAAACCGAUACCGGGUCAGAGAUAUAUAUACUUAUAUACAUCAUAACUAAAAGAUAUACACCGAUUCAGUAGCCGCGUACAAAACUAAGAGGAAAAUAUUUAAAGAAAAACGAAACGAAAAAGCCGAGAGCAGUUCUCUAGUAGUCGAACUAUUAAGUAAGCUCUGUGACGACCUCAGCCAACUCCCCACCAACUGAUCGAGAGUCCCUAUCUACAAUAAGCCGCGAGAAUCCCCGAGAGAUCGGUCCUUUGUUUUCUAAAAUCCUGAAAUCUCUUAUACAGACACGAACACAACGAAUUUUUGGGACGACCAGAGAGAACACACACUGUACGUUUUAAAUAGAGGCCAACAAACCAAACUUGAAAACAAAAAAUGUGUUAACUAUUUAAUUAUGAAAAGCGAUCUGAAUCGCAGACUACGAAGCGACGAAACCCCUGGGCAGAGGCACCAAACCCAAUCCAAACCAAGCACGCCGCGAAUUUUAUGCAAUCCUCUAGAGAAACCAAAAACUAAACGAGCAUUCUAGAACCCCUCUUCUAUGUGUUAGAAAGGAUAUAUAUUAUUGAUUCUGAAGAACGGGGGAGGUGUCGGACGGCGGUGUCGAUCAAUCAAUCAAAUCAAUCAAAAAAGAAAGAACCUUCAUUUCGCAACUCAAUUAACGAAACGACUUUUAAAGUUAAAAACAAAAACCUAAAAAAAAAAACAUGGGAGAUUACCUAAAUUCAAUUUGCUUUUAAAUGUACGACUAACAUUAACUACAAAAUAUAUAUACAUAUAUAUUUACGGAUAGGCAAAUCGAUAUACAUAUACAAAUCGAUAUGCGAUGGGGGAAGGAUAAAAGGAUACCUUGCAAAAAAAUAAAUAAAACUAAAGCUCCGUAUAAAGUGUAAACUAGAUAAGCCUUGAGGUUAUAUGUGUGGGACGCAUCGAUUGUUGGCCGGUGAUCGCGACCUUCUGAAGGUUUCGAUUAUUCCGAUAACGAUAGUGUAGAUCCUGUAGUCCCACAGCCGUAUAGAUGUUAUAGGCGUAUGUGUGUCUAACCUUGAUGCAUUCGUUGUCAUCUGUCCUCUGUCGAUCCACCCAGAGUACACUCUGAGAUUCUACUUUAUUUCGAUCAGAUUGCGAUGACCGACUUUCGAAUGUACUCUGCUACAGUAUAAAUACACUUGGAGAAAUAGAGGUUACAUAUACACCAAACACAGAUACACACACACAGCUACAGAACACGCACAUAGGAAACAAGACUGUCUUUUAGGAUAUAUAUGUAGUUGUAUUUCAUUUAUCUAAUCGAGCUACAUAUUGUAUGUACUGCUUAUAUAGAAAUUGUUAUAACGGGAACUUGAACUUGAACACACACACACACACAGAAACACAUACACUGAAACCGAUCCAUCAGUAUAACGGUUAAAAAUAUAUAUAUUUAUAAUACGAUAAUUAUAAAAAAAACAGUAAACGGUUCGGAAUCAAGUAUAAAGUAGAAAAAGCGUAUAGACAUACUCCGAUAUAUCCGAUAUCUCUGAUUUAGUCAUUGCUUUGUAUGUGCCUAUUAUCGAUUUUUGAUGUAUGUAUAUUGUAUUUCAACAUCAUUUUUAAAAUUAAAAUCUACAUUUUACUACCUACGACGUGUAUGUAAUGUAAAACUAAACUAAAAUAUAUAUAAAUAAUAUAUAUAUAUAUAUAUAUAUGAAAGCCAAGAAACAGAAGAUAUUAUUACAAAAAAAAAAACAAAAACAAAAAAUAUGUUUACUAAGCUAACAAACCUAAGGAUAACAACUUACUCGUUUUUUUUUUGAUUACCUAUUAUUAAUUAUUAUUAUUGUGUCUAUCCCGUUUAUUAAAUUAAAAAAAGUCUUUUGUACAUGUAUGUAUGUUUAAACUUAACUGAUUAGUUUGUAUGUCAUCACGUGUAAUUGUAUUUUCGUUUCAUUUCCCUCCCCUCCUGAAAAACAACAAAAAUUAGAGCAAAUUUUCAAUUGUAAAUGUAUUUGUAACUAAAUGUUAUGCGUGUAUUCGUAAGAAGAAUGAAAAAUAGCUACACAAUCAAUGUAUUUUUCCUUUAAA